AUGGAAAUCGUCAUUGACGAUGCUUCCCCUCAAAUCUCCUAUUACUCUUCUUCCAAGGAGGACGGCUGGAUAGUGAAUCAUAGCGAAGGCCAGAAAUACAGUGAUCCAAAUACGGAUAAAUAUAGUCAAUCUACAUUCCAUGCCACAUUCACAGAUGGCGAUCGUAUGGAGUUCAGAUUCAAUGGAAGUAAGAUACAAGUAUUUGGCGCGAAGAGGGACAAUCACGCAACCUAUGGAGUUGAGCUCGAUGGAUCGAAUCCAAUAUAUACCUCUGGUCAUACCGACAAUGCUCGAUAUCAGACUGUCAUAUUCUCUCAAGAUGACUUGCCUACAGAUAUCGAACAUGUGAUAACAAUGACGAACCAUCCGAAUGGAAUAGAUUCACAAUCCAACCAGACGUUGAAAUGGUGGUUGGACAUCGACCAUAUCGUAAUUACACAACCUAUUGAGGACGAAAUAUAUACCACAAGAAUAGACGAUACUUCCCCCUCGGUAAUUUAUGAUGAAGAUGGAUGGACAACGGAAGGCUUGGGCGAUUCGCAGUUCUAUAAUAGUACGCAGCAUACCAGUGUCAUACCCAGCUCGACGAUGACGAUGAACUUUACUGGAUCUUCGGUCCAGCUGUUCGGUAGUGUGAAUGACAAUCAUGGUAAUUAUUCCAUCAGCUUAGAUGGGGUCAUAGAAGGAAUGUAUAGUGCAACCUAUUGGGAGCAUCUCUCGGGAGUAUCACUAUUCUUGGCUUCGGGACUGGAAGAUGGUCCACAUACAGUUCAGCUUACGAAUCUUGGUAAAUCGAAUAUCACCACAAUCGACUUUGACUACGCCGUUGUGAAUUCGACAAUCAAGCCUGCCAAUUCGGAGUCUCACGCGGCAACUGUGUCAAUAUCCGAUGGUUCAGACAGCUCCAAUGACUUCCAGACAGAGGUAGGGGUAGAUGGAGGUAAUGGUCAAAACUCAAAGUCGAAUGGGGGCGCUGUUGCAGGUGCAGUGAUAGCUGUCAUACUGGUCGUCAUAGCGCUUGGACUGGGUGGGUGGUACUUGUGUCGCCGCAAACAAGGGAAAUCAGUCUAUCCUGGGUCAUCAGGCCGUUCACCCAUCAAAAAUAUGUCGACAAGAGUGAUCAACCGCUUGCCUUUAACCGUUCAACGAGGAUCAACCGAUUCGAAGCAAGAGUGGGCGCGAUUGACUGACAGUCUUCCGAGUGAUGAUACCACAGCCUCGUUCGAUGCUUCCAUACCCUCUUCAACCAGAACAUCAAGCAGUCGUCGAGAUACUGUCAUUCCAUCAUUGGCCUCUUUCCGAGCUUCCUUUCCAUCACUAUUCCACAUGUCUUUCCGAUCCUCCAAUCUACCGAUGGUAGAGCCUAAUAUAGGAGAUGACAAGCGCGGCUCAAAAUCGAACUUGUCCAAAUUCCCUUCGGUAGUCCCACCACAAUCCAAUCAGACGAAUCCGACGAAGACGGGGCAAAACACACCUAGAUCAUCAUAUCAGACUUAUCCUUUCAAAGCGAAUGCAUUCACCCCUCGAUCGUCGUGUCAAAGUAACGGUCUGAAACCCAGUGAUGUCUCCCAGUUUACCCGUUCUUCCAGAAAUCCCUUUGGUAAUGAUCAUGGUACGCCGCCUUAUCAAGCUGGAAAUGUGGAAGAGAUGAAUGGAAGUCGGCAAAAUUUGUCAAGUGCUAUACCAAGUAGUGCCGCCAUCACUUCACCGAUGUUCUCGGAUUUUUUUUCCGGUGAUAAUGCCAAUCAUCAUUUGGAAUCCGACUGUCCGGUAUCUCAUCCACAACCUUCGUAUAUGCCUAAUCCCCGAACACGCAUAUCCGUAGCUGUACCGAUGCGUCAUCUGAGCGUACCCUACACUGCCACGAUGGCUGACCUGGACUCUUCAGCAUAUACGACCACCUCGAUAUUCUCAAGUAGGAGAGGAACCGGUAUAAGCGAAGAGGAAAUCGACCUGGGAUUGUUUUCGAUCCCAGAAUUUGCUCCUCCUGCUUACGCUCAGGCGACGAGAAUAUCGUUGGGGCCUGGAAGGACGGAAGAGUUGCUAAGAGCUGCCUCGAAUGCUUCCAGUGCUUAA